AUGUCUUACCAGUACUCUUUGAAUCAAGGCCAAGGGUUCGGCGCUGCCAACGGUCGAGGCAACCAUCAGGGAGGUGGUAGUGGCAAUAGUAUGAACAUGAACGACAAUGGCGGUGGAAAGAGUCAGAAUCCUUCGUCCAUCGAUGCCAUGUUCCAAGGCAUCUUGCCUUCCACUGGUGCCGGUGCAGUUGCAGCAUCCCCGGCCAAUGCUCGCCAAUUGAGUGGUCUCAACCACAUGAAUCUGAGCACCAUGACGGCUGCUGGAAUCAGUGUGCAUCAAGCGCAGCUUCCCUCGACCAGACUGCAAUCAAGCGGUCUGGGCGUCAAUGUCGGACAUGUCAAUGCCGCUCAAGACUUUUCUUCUGCUUCCCUCAACAUCAGUGAUGAAAUCAAGCGUUUGCAGCAAUUGCACCAGCUGACGCAAGGACAAGGCACAGCUCCUUCGGCCACUGCCAACACCAACCAGUUCAUGCAGGGAUUGCUGGCUGGAAGAACUGGAGCAGCGGCUGCCAUGAACCAGUUGGGCGUCAAGAAUACGACUUCAGCGGGGACUCACUCACACCCCAUGUUUCAGUCAGCGUUGCAGCAGUCCUCCACUACGAAUGCCAGCGGUCUCAUCUCUCCCGCCGCAGCUGCCCAGUUGAUGGCAGCUUCCGCGGGUCAAAUGCUCCCUUCACCCAGCAUGCUCUCCGCAAGAGCUGCUUUGAGUCAGCAAAGACCAGGGCCUGGAGCCAUUGAACCGUUCCCUGAAAAGUUACACAGAAUGCUCAUGGAAGUGGAAGCAAGUUCGAAAGGACACAUCAUCUCCUUUGUGGACGAAGGAAGAGCCUUUGCCAUUCACAAACCCAAUCAGUUCUUCAAGGAAAUUGUCCCCUUAUACUUUCGGCAAUCACGGUUGUCUUCCUUCAAGCGACAGCUCAAUCUCUAUGGAUUUGAACUCAUCUCCAACGGACCCUCCAGAGGUGCCUAUUUUCAUGAACUAUUCCAACGAGACAAACCCAAUCUUUGUCGAAGAAUGAGGCGGGUAGCUGUCAAGGUUGCUGCAGCUGCCAAAAAGACCGAUACCAGUGAUCAAGAACCAAAGCAGGAGGAGGGCUCUGCGGGUGGGGAAGAGUAG